ACCAUAUUUAUCUUUUAAAUACAGUUUUGCAGUUCACAAUAUUUGCUACUGUUUAAAACAUUAAAAUAAUUUGUUCUAGCAUGGCUUGUUAUCCAUUUUGCUUCGCAAGUCUUAUUCUUGUCAUUAAUGCUGUGUUCACUAGCGAAGACAUUAAUUACAAGAAUGAAGUCACGUUAAAAGAAGUGCUUUCUAAAAUGGAAAUAAUGCAACAAAUGAUAUCAGGACUGACUGUGGCAGAACGGAAAUUAAUCCAGUCUGUGAGUUUACUGAUCGGCAAUACAACACAAUGUCAGUCACAGAUUGCGGAACUGAUGAAGAAAAUUGAAGAGUUAAAGCUAUCUGAUGAAGAAAACAAACAGAACAUUGCAGCAUUAGAAAAGACAAUGGAAACUUUGAUUGAAUCUAAUGGUCAGCACCUUCGCAUAAGUACCGAUACUGUUAACCAGAAGGGUGAGACAAACAGUUCAAAAAGUAUAGUAAGAGAAAAGCGUCAUCAGCCGGUAUCGGUUUCAUUUGCCGCGUACUUAGACCACGUGAAAGAGCAGGUAGGAUAUAACCAACCCAUUGUUUACAAUAAAGUUCUUCAGAACGAGGCUGGCGCAUAUAGUGUGAAUACCGGAAUAUUUCGUGUACCAGUUUCCGGUGUGUACCUCUUGUCAUGGUCUAUAACAGCAAGAAGGUUAUCUGGAAAGGAAACCCACGAAAUCUGGGUGAAACUUAUGGUUAACGGUGUCCGUAAGUUUGACGCGGCAGCUGAAAGUCAAUUUGCUAGAGAUGAUAACCAAGGCAGCAGCACGAUUGUUAUACGUCUGAAUGAAAGAGACGAAGUCUGGAUCGCCUUGCAUGUAGGCUCUGGUGUCUUUGGUGACAAUGAUGAGAGAACAACUUCAUUUACCGGUGUCUUGCUAUAUUAAUUAUGAACUUCACGUUUUCCCACCAAAACUAUUGGCAAUAUUUCAGUCACUAAUGAAAUAAGGAUUAAUGUUU